UUUCUUUAGUUUCCUUUCCUCAAAGCAUCAAAUUUCUAUCACAAAAUCUCCAAAUUUCCUGCUUUCUUUUUCUCAUACAAAAUAUUCAUAAUCAUAUAUACAUAUAUGGCUUCGUUACAAGCUUCUAAUUUUCUCCUCUCAUCAUCUUCUUCUUCAAACCAAAUCCAUGCCCCUAUAUCCAUCCCAAAGCUCCCAUCGGUAAGAUUUUCAGCCCCUAAAUUACGACAACCCACUAUACAGUCCGAGAAAUUGAAUAGAAAAGAUGGGCUCAUCAACACAAUCCCAAUCCAAAACGAUGUCCAUAGCACACCUCUGGUUCAACAAACCUCAUCUGUUUCAAUGGCUACCUUUCAACUCUAUGCCGUCUUAGAGGCCAUAGCUGACAGAGUGGAGAUGCAUAAAAACAUUGGGGAACAACGAGAUAACUGGAACACCCUUCUACUCAACUCCAUCAACAUGAUUACCCUCACUGCCGCUACCAUGGCAGGUGUUGCCGCCGCAACUGGUGUUGGCGUUGGGGUUUCUGUUAUGGGUUUGAAGUUGGCAUCCAGUGUGAUGUUCUCAGCAGCCACUGGGAUGUUGGUAUUGAUGAAUAAGAUUCAACCCUCACAGCUUGUGGAAGAGCAACGUAAUGCUACCAGAUUGUUUAAGCAGCUGCAAUCCCAAAUCAAAACCCUACUUGUUGUUGGUUCUCCAUGCCAAGAUGACGUGAAUGAUGCCAUGGAGAAAGUGUUGGCACUUGACAAAGCUUACCCUCUUCCUUUGCUUGGUGUUAUGCUUGACAAAUUCCCUGCAAGUUUAGAGCCUGCUGUUUGGUGGCCUACAAAACAGUCUCCAAACUCAAACAAAGCAUUGAAGAACAACAAUGGGUGGACCAAGGAAUUGGAAAUGGAAAUGAGAGAAGUGGUUGAAGUAAUAAAGAGAAAAGACAGUGAAGAUUACGAGAGAUUAGGCAACAAGGCUUUGAACAUGAACAAAGUUUUAGCUACAUCAGGGCCAUUGCUAACUGGAAUAGCAGCUCUAGGAUCAGCUUUCAUGGUUUCUUCCAACAGCCCUUGGGCGGCAACAGUAGCGGUUGUUGCAGGAGCUUUAGCUUCAGCUGUGAACACCUUCGAGCACGGUGGCCAAGUUGGUAUGGUGUUCGAGAUGUACAGGAACAACGCUGGGUUCUUUAAGCAUAUGCAAGAAUCGAUUGAAUCAACGUUGGAUGAAUGUGAUGUGGAGAAAAGAGAAAAUGGGGAGUUGUUUGAAAUGAAAGUGGCAUUGCAACUGGGAAGAAGCUUAUCAGAACUGAGAGAUGUAGCCAAAAAAUCAAGCUAUUCUCGUAUAGAAGGAAGCCCCAUGGAUGAAUUUGCAAGCAAGCUCUUUUGAUCCAAUAUUCUUUGAUUCAUUCAGUUAACCAAUGAUAUACAUAUAUUUGUACAAUUUUGUAAAGAUGAAUGAUGUACACAAGAUAUAGGUUCAAUCUUGAAUAUAAAUAGGGUUGAUGCAUACAAA